AAGCAACAUGGCUGAAAAGUUUGAUGUCGAGGAUAUCCUCGAGAAGCUAACCACUAAUGAGAAAAUUGGUCUAUUAUCAGGGGUUGACUAUUGGAGCACAUAUCCUAUUCAUCGUUUGAAUGUUCCAUCUAUAAGGACCUCAGAUGGUCCAAACGGUAUAAGAGGUCAACAUCAUUUCAAUAGCACACCUACAGCAGCAAUUCCUGUUGGAACAGCACUGGCAUCCACUUGGAACACUGAAUUGUUACAUCAGGUUGGUGAGUUUUUAGAUUUAGAAGCUAGGGCUAAAGGGGUUCAUGUUUUAUUGGCUCCGACGGUCAAUAUCCAAAGAAUUCCAAAUGGUGGUAGAGGAUUUGAGUCAUUCAGUGAAGACCCAUUAUUAUCAGGGAAAUUGGCAGCUUCAUAUAUCAAUGGGUUUCAAAAUAAAGGGUUGGCUGCAACAAUAAAACAUUUUGUGGGAAACGAUCAAGAAAAUAAAAGAUUCUCUUCAGAUUCUGUUAUAUCACAAAGAGCACUCAGAGAAAUCUAUUUGAAACCAUUUGAAAUCGCAAUUGAAGAGUCCAAUCCAAAGGCCUUAAUGACUUCUUACAACAAAGUUAAUGGUGUUCAUGUUAGUGAAGAUGAAUAUUUACUAAAAACCAUUUUAAGGGGUGAAUGGAAUUGGAAUGGUUUGGUAAUGUCUGAUUGGACAGGAACUUAUUCAACUUCUGAUGCUUUGAAUGCUGGAUUGGAUCUUGAAAUGCCUGGACCUGGAAGAUGGAGAGGUGAAAGGGUAUCUCAUAGCUUGCUCUCAAAUAAAAUCUUGGAAUCCACAUUGGAUGAAAGAGCCCUCAAUGUUUUGAACUUAGUAAAACUAGUUAAAGAUUCUGGGGUUCCAGAAAAUGCUCCAGAAGCUGAGAGAAAUGCCCCAGAAGAUCGAGAUUUUUUGAGAAAAGUUGCAGGCGAAGGUAUUGUUUUACUAAAAAAUGAUCAAAACGUUCUACCAUUUCAAAAAAAGAGAACUUUAGUGAUUGGACCAAAUGCACUUUAUGCAGCAUUCUCAGGGGGUGGAUCUGCUCUAGCUACUCCUUAUUAUGCAGUCUCUCCAAUUCAAGGUAUCAAAGAGAAAAUUGGUGAUGAAAAUGUUGUUUUUAACAUUGGUGCGUAUAACCACAAGUUUUUACCAAGCUUGAAACAUGAGUUAUAUCAUGAAGGUGUCAAUGGCACAUUGUUUAAAAUUUACAAUGAGCCACCUGAGGAUACAAGUAGAGUUCCUUUUGACACUUUGGUUUUGGAUGAUGUGAACUACUUCAGGAUGAAUGACUAUGUUCAUUCAAAAUUGAAAUCUGAUAAGUUUUAUGCUGAAUUGGUCUCAAGUUUUAUUCCUGCUUUUGAUGGUGUGUACGAGUUUGGACUGGCCGUCUUUGGAACAGCAAAGUUGUUCAUUGAAGAUGAAAUAGUUGUCGACAAUGCAACCAAGCAGGAAUUGGGUGAAUCUUUCUAUGGGCUUGGAACUCCUGAAAUAAAGGGUAAAUUUAAAGUUACAAGCGGUAAACACUAUAAAUUAGUAAUUCAAUAUGGGUCAGGUGCUACAAGUGAUGUUGCAAAAGGUGCAAACAAAACAUUCUAUGGUGGUGGUGGUCUGCGCUUUGGUGGAGCCUUGGUGAUAGGUCCGGAAAAGGAGAUUGAAAAAGCUGCUGCAAAUGCUAAACUUUUUGACCAAGUUGUUAUCAUCACCGGGUUGAAUAAAGACUGGGAAUCAGAGGGUGGUGAUAGAGAAGAUUUGAAACUUCCAGGAUAUUCGGAUAAACUUAUUGAAGCUGUACUAGAUGCCAAUUCAAAUUCUGUUGUUUUGAUCCAAGCAGGAACUCCUGUUGAGCUUCCUUGGGUAUCCAAAGCUUCAACUGUGGUUUACACAUCUUACGGUGGUGAUGAAACUGGGAAUGCGAUAGCUGACGUUUUAUACGGUGAUAUUAAUGCUUCUGGAAAACUUCCAUUAAGUUUCCCAACAAGAUUUGAAGACACUCCAUCAUUCAUAAACAAUACAACAAACAAUGGGAAGGUGCUUUAUGGGGAAGAUAUUUAUGUUGGAUACAGGUUUUAUGAGAAGGUUGACAAAGCUGUUGUCUUUCCAUUUGGACAUGGAUUAUCAUAUACUAGAUUUGAACUUUCAGGUUUAAAACUCAAUAUUGUUGAGGAUCAGCUCUCUGUUUCCCUUACUAUAAAGAAUGUUGGCUCAUAUGGUGGAGCUGAGGUAGUUCAGCUUUAUGUUGGUUCCAAGAAAUCAAAUAUUCAAAAACCUGUGAAAGAGCUCAAGGCUUUUACUAAAGUUGAAUUGAAACAGAAUGUCAAGUCGGACAUUUCUUUUAAGUUGAACCUCGGAAAAUCAACUGCUUUCUUUGAUGAAUCGAAAAACAAAUGGGUUUCUGAAAAAGGUGAAUACUUUGUUUACGUUGGAACAUCAAGCUCUGAUCUAAAAGCAUUGAAAGCGGACUUUUCUAUUGAGAAGACCACAUCAUGGCUCGUUCCGUUAUUAUGAAAAGUUGAUUGCAAUAGAAG